GUCUCUACUAAUCCUCAAAUUCAUCUUUAAUUUUUUGGAAGGGUGUAUUGUGAUACGAUAUUUGACGUAGUUUUGAUUUAUUCGCAUAAGAAAAUAAUUCUUUUUUCCGUCCUUCUCAGGAGUAAUGGCCCAUGAGCCUUCAGGAAAAAUGACGAAAACUGAGCAAGCUUUAGUAUUGGAUCCUCCUAGUGAACUUCAUUUUAAAGGUCCGUUUUCUGAAGUAACCACAUCAUAUUUAAAAUUGAAAAAUCCAACUGACAAGGUAAUUGGUUUCAAAGUCAAAACUACUGCACCAAAGACAUACUGUGUUAGACCGAAUGGCGGAGCUAUUGCACCAAAAAAAACUGUAUCAGUUGCUGUGAUGUUACAGCCUUUUGAUCCUGAAAAUGAUGACAGAAGCAGAGACAAAUUUAUGGUACAGAGUAUGUAUGUGCCUGAUGGAGAAGAAUAUCACGAUUCAUUGUGGCAUGAUAUUCCCCCCGAAGGGUUAAUGAAUUCCAAACUGAAGUGUGUCUUUGAUAUCCCUGCUUCUUCUUCUUCAGAAGCAACUACUGAAGUCAAAGCUGAGGUUAUAGAACAACCAAAGAUAAAAGCAAAAGUUGUGCAAGUUCAAGAAUCAAAACCAAGUGAUACUGAAGCAGCUGAAUCUAAAAAAUUACAUGAAGAAUAUAAGAAAUUGAAGUCAGAGUUGAAUGAUGUUCGUGCUGAAAACUCAUCCUUGAAGGAGGAAGGAUUGCGAUUAAGAAGAAUGUAUGACUCCAGAACAAAGGCAACAAGUGCUAAACCUGAAUCUGAAAUGCAUCAUUCCUCUGUUCAAAAACAAUUAUUUUCUAAUUAUUUACUUGUGAUAGCUUUUUUUAUUUUCAUUCUUGGUUUUUUUAUAGGAAAAUUUAUUUUGUAAACUGUAUAAACAUGAGAAAUCUGGCUGCAUUUACUUAAAUGAGAGCCUGAAGGUACAAUAUACAAAACCUUAUUGUUUACUACAUCUUUAUUUCUGUGAUCUAAUUGAUGUUUUUAUACAUGCCUUCUUUUCGUGUAAUAAGGUUAUAUUCCUUUUUCUCAUUUGCGAAGAAUUUCUUUUUGCGCUCUUACUAUGUUAAUACAGUAUUUGUCACUGUUUCUCAUUUAUAUUAGUGUACUCAAAUAAAUUUAUAUUUUUUUAACUAUUGGGAAAUAGAUGUUUACAAAAAUCCGUGAUUAAACUUUAGAAUGUCUUAUUGUGUAAUAUUAAAUGUAAUAUGAUUUUUAAUUCUGCAUUGAAUUUUAUUUUUUAAGCAACGCAAAUGAUUAAAAAUUGGAAUGUUUCCUGUUUUUUUAAUAGCUUGAAAAAUGUUUAGAAGAUAAAUGUAAUAGACCAGAUGCUGUAAUUAAUAUACAUUCCAUUACAACGACUAUUUUUAAGUAUCUGCUGGUUUUUCAGAUUUUGUUAUAUUCCUAGUUUUACAAAGAAAACGUUUUUUUGUGAACUGCUUUUUAUAAAUACUUAUUUUACUUUGAUUUAAUAAUUACAAAGCUGUAAGAAGAAAUUAGUUGCUUAUAAGAAACUAGUUUUAUAUCCAAAUGCAGUUUUGUUAGUUAACAAAAAUGGUUAAUAUGUAUACUAUAUUACUGAAAAAAAAUUAGCAAAUAAUAUAAUCUUUUGCUUGAAUAUAUCUAGUGCAUUAAAAUUCUCACAUGUUGCACAUUGAAAAUUAAAUUUUUAUUCUACAAAAAUAUCUGCACAUACAUUUUUAAUAAAAAAAUUCAUUCUCUAUUUUCCAUAAAAGUAAGAUUAUUUAUGCUGUUCAGCUAAUGCUUAAUAAAAGAAAUUUAAAAAGUUAGCAGAUAUAUUACUAUGUUUUGUUUAUAUAAAAAAUAUUUUCUAGUGAAACAAAUUUUCCCCCAACCCCUUUCUUGUAAUAUCAAUUGUUUCACUGUGUUUCUGAGUUGCACUUGAAUGUAAAAUUAAAGUUUUGAAAUUUUUGACUAAAAUAUACUAAUUAUAUUAAUGUGAGAUAUCAAACCCUCUUCUGUUUUGCAAAUUUUGAAAAAUGUGCAUUUUAGAAUUUGUUUGAUAAUUUUAUAUUUUUUAUAGAAAUUAAUAAAGCUUAUAUUGAGA